AUGAUUGAAGACAUCGCAGUAACGAAAUUCCGUGAAUAUCUUCGAAUCAAGACUGUUCAACCGAAUCCAGACUACGAAUCUUGUACGAAAUUUCUAUUUGGAUUAGCCGAUGAGCUGGGCAUUGAGCGGUUGAGAUAUGAUACGAACCCUGGCUAUCCAUUUGUCGUGAUGACAAUCCCAGGCUCUCAACCAGAUCUCUCAUCCAUCAUGCUCUACUCGCACACCGAUGUUGUCCCUGUGUUUGAGAAACAUUGGAAACACGAUCCGUUUUCAGCGCACAAGGAUGAGAAAGGAGAUAUUUAUGCGAGAGGCGCUCAAGAUAUGAAAUGCGUGGGAAGUCAAUAUUUCGAGGCAAUACGAAGACAUUUUCUACGGGGAAAGAAACAAUUUCGGAGAACAGUGCAUAUCGUUUGGGGACCUGAUGAAGAAAUCGGUGGACCAAAUGGGAUCAAGGCUUUCGUGGAGAGCUCAGUUUUCAAGAGUCUAAAUGUGGCUUUUACUCUUGAUGAGGGAAUUGCUUCUGAAACGGAAGUUUACAAAACUUUUUACGCGGAAAGAUGUGGAUGGUGGAUUCGUGUGACAUUUCCUGGACAACCUGGUCAUGGAUCGAAAUUCAUUGAGGACACAGCUGCCGAGAAAAUGCAAUCCUUUAUCAACAACGCUCUCACUUUUCGAGCCGAACAAAAAUCAUUAUUGCAAUCGGAUUCAUCGAAAACUUUGGGUGAUGUCACAUCGUUGAAUCUCACAAUUGUUAGGGGCGGAGUCCAAACGAAUGUUUUACCAGAGAAAUUCGAGUGUGAGCUCGACAUUCGUCUCCCACCCACUGUCGAUUAUGAAGGAUUCGAGAAAAAGCUCAACGAAUGGGCUGGAAAUGGGACAAAGAUCGAGUACACUAUGAAAACAAUAUUCAAAAACAUGACCCCAACCACAAUGGAGGAUCCUUUUUGGGCCGCGUUUGAGGGCACACUCAAAUUCGAAGGCUGCAAAUUUACAAAGGAGAUUUUCCCGGCGAGCACUGAUUCGAGUUACAUUCGAGCGCAAGGAAUUCGCUCGAUCGGCUUUUCCCCAAUGAUCAACACUCCCUCGCUUCUGCACGAUCACAACGAGUUUCUCAAUGAAAAGGUUUUCCUUCGUGGUGUCGAAAUCUACGAGAAACUCAUCGAGGCGCUCGCAAAUGUGCCAAAAGAA